AUGGUGGUUGGUCCAUUUGCCCAGGGCAUAUUUCUAAUGGGUAUCAUUUAUUGGUAUUCCAAGGGACUGAUGAAUUUGAUCAAUGACUACUAUCGUUCGGAGUUUAAUCGCAAACUAAAAACUAGCGCCGUGGAUCAGAAAAGUUACGAUAUGAAAAGAGAUAUCUACGAUUUGGAUGACAUGGAUGAGUUGAUACGUUUGGAACGUCUAAAAGAUAUGGAAAGGCAAAUGGCAAAUGGAAAACAAGUGGUGGGUGAUAUUGUGGAGCCCAUUGAGGAGUGUACUGAUUCGGAAUACAAAGGAACUUGUGAAAAUGAGGGAUUUUUCAAUGAUUCCCGGCAAUGUUAUUAUCCAAACUUGAAAAACUUAUUUUUAAAUAUUCUCUUACAAUUUGAAGAUUGUCACCUUAAUAGUAGGGAAAAGUAUACUAUUAUUAAUUAUCCCAUGUGUAUGUUAAAUGAAGGUGUUACUUAGUUCUUAAGAUUAUUUAUUAAGCUUUAUUGUUUUUUUAGGACAUAACAAACAAAAGAAAAUAUGCUAAGUCUUAAAAUAA